ACAAGAAAGCGGAAACCCCACACCGCUGCCGCUGCGAAGGAGAACCGAGGAGAAAGAUCCGGACGAUACGAGCUCAGCUCCCGUCGCAUCGCACCGCAUCGCCCGGCGACACCCGCCCGCUGCCCUCCCUCGUCCCCAGCUCUUCUGAAUCGCGUCGCCGGCGGCCGAGAGGCCAUUGGAUUCGUGGCGUUGGCGAGCGUGGUCGCCAGGAGAGGAGGGGUGCCGGCGGCGGCGGCGACUGUUCGCGGGAUGAGCUUCGGCGGCGCCAGCUCCGUUGCGGCCGGUGGGAAGCGGCCGUUCGAGUACGGGAGGACGCAUGUGGUGAGGCCCAAGGGCGCGCACAAGGCCACCAUCGUCUGGCUCCACGGCCUCGGCGACAAUGGAGCCAGCUGGUCUCAACUGUUGGAAACUCUUCCCCUUCCUAAUAUAAAAUGGAUCUGCCCAACUGCACCUACGAGGCCUGUGGCAAUUUUUGGUGGAUUCCCAUCUACUGCAUGGUUUGAUGUUGCUGAUCUUUCAGAAGAUUCUCCUGAUGAUGUUGAGGGGCUGGAUUCCUCAGCUGCACAUGUAGCAAAUUUAUUGUCUACCGAACCUGCAGACAUCAAGCUUGGCGUUGGUGGCUUUAGUAUGGGUGCUGCUACUGCGCUUUACUCCGGUACUUGCUUUGCUCAUGGAAAAUAUGGAAAUGGCAAUCCAUACCCUGUGAACCUAAGUGUGGCUGUUGGUCUCAGUGGCUGGCUCCCGUGUGCCAGGUCAUUGAAGAACAAAAUUGAGAGCUCACAGGAGGCUGCACAGAAGGCUUCAUCAUUACCUCUUAUGCUUUGUCAUGGAAAAGCUGAUGAUGUGGUCCUCUACAAACAUGGAGAGAGAUCUGCUGAUGCACUUAAGUCAACCGGGUUUGCAAAUGUGGAAUUCAAGUCCUACAGCAGACUCGGGCACUAUACCGUUCCAGAGGAGAUGGACGAAGUUGUCAAGUGGCUUACAGCAAGCUUGGAACUCGGCAGUUCAUCGUCAACUUGAUUGAAUGAAGAGAUGCCUUGAGAAAGGCUCAGUGUAGCGGCGUCUAAAUAAUAAGUACCUGUGGUUGUGCCGAAUUGAGUGAUAAAAUGGCUUGGUUGCCAACUUGGGCUUUGGGUAUACGGUCAUGUCUUAGCUUGGCGUUUCAUAUGCGGACAUGCCUCGCUGAAUCUUGGUACUAUUGAAAUUUCAUAUAUUUGGUAUGUGUUUCCAUCCAAAGUCAGAGACAUUGUGAUCAGUUUGGUUUUGGUUACGAAUGAUAUUUUUGUUUCAACGUGUUC